AUGGACCACAACAAAGAGUCGAUCGUACCCAUUCCACCGGCCACUGAACCAACUACAGAUUCUGCAGUAGAAGCUGCAACUGUACCAAAAACGGUGCCGGUUGAUGGCACAACUUCGCCCACAGCGGUGCCGACAGAGUCACCCGCAGCGUUGCCCACAGUACCUGAAGCUACGCCGACACCGGAGCCAGUCACAGCCACAACAAGAUCAUUGCCGGCAACGGACCCAAUGGCGAUCAUACCGGCAGAGAUUGGACCUCCCCCACAAUACGAUGAAUACGACAAAGACGCAAUAACGACUCCUGCACCGGCAGUCACAUUGCCACAAACCACCGAGAAAGGCACACCAGUCGGACCACAAGUUCCAGUUGCGCAGAGAGUCAUUCCACUGGCCAAACUUGGCGAAGAUCCCGGACGGAUCAGUUGUCCGUUUUGUUUCCACGAGGUUCAGACCAGGGUCAACAAAGAGAGCACCAGUUCCACAACUAUGGCUGCCGCCUGUUGCUGUCUCUUAGGUGGCAUUAUCUGUGCAUUUUUACCAUUUUGCAUGGAAAUGUGCCACGACUCGCAUCACUAUUGUUCAAAUUGUGGCGUGCAAGUUGCUAUUCACCCUCACGAGGGCCCGGUACAGACAUUUGGGCCUGACUCCCCCGGCGCCAUUAUUGAAGCACCAGGGCACAUUCAACCACCAGAGGCUGUUAAGAAGAACUAG